AUGAUUGCUCCAUUCGGCACUUCCAAACGAAGCAGCAGCUCGCAUACUCUUUUGCCAGACUUGGAAAAGGCAGAGGCAGUACAUGUAGAGACUGUGGAGGCCGAGGAAGAGGCCUCAUCCCCAUUGUCGAGCGCUGAUCUCACGUCUGAUCAAGUGCGUGCCCUCGUCCUCGACGCCUUUGACUCGGCGUCUUGUCAGCUGCAUUCUGCUCCUGAAGAAGGGAUUCUAGAACCUAUUGCGCCGCCACCGGCAGCCGAGAUGGUCAACAGAGGGUCGGGCAGCGGCCCUCGGUCGCCGCGGCUCGUCGAGAUCAAGACCAACGACGCGGUCGCCGAGCCAGAAGCUGCCCCCAAAGAAAAGCCCCGCCUCGAAGAGCCGCAAAAGGCUGAUCGCGGAUCGUUUAUUUACGUGCCCGGGCUUGGCUUCCUCUACCAGGACGACGACAUGGAGCUGGGCAAAUAG